CUAUAGUUUAUGGCCGAUGGGCAAUAAUAAACAUAACCUAAAAAGUAAAUAUGUCAAGUCGUCAAGUAGUCUAGUCAGUCUCCAAAUACUUAAUUAUCUUAAAUAUUAAUUACUUAAGUAAAAGUUUAUAUAAUUCUAAUAAUUCAAAAUGGAUUUCGAAGAUGACUUUUUCUUUGAAGAGGAUAAAAUGGGAAUGACAAUCACGUCUGGAAAUAUUGUUAUUCAAAAGGACAAUAGUAAUUUAAUUGGCAUAAGUAUUGGAGGAGGUGCUCCAUAUUGUCCGUGUCUGUAUAUAGUACAAAUUUUUGACAAUACACCAGCUGCAUUGGAUGGUACAUUACAAGCUGGAGAUGAACUUGUCGCUGUUAAUGGAGCUUCAUUGAAAGGAAAGACAAAAGUUGAAGUUGCCAAAAUGAUUCAGGCUUGUGAGAAGCAAGUCAGUAUUAAUUAUAAUAAAUUACACGCGGAUCCGAAACAGGGACACACGUUGGAUAUUGCCCUCAAAAAGGUGAAACAUAGAUUGGUGGAAGGUAUGGGAAGUGCCACAGCAGAUGCCUUAGGAUUGUCACGAGCGAUUCUUUGCAACGAUGCACUCGUUCAAAGAUUGACAGCUUUACAAAGAACGGAAAAUUUAUACAGAGGAUUACUUUCCCACGCAAAAUCCACUUUGCACGCUUUCUUCGACUUGACCCAAAUAUACAAAGUUUUCGGCGAUGCAUUCGCAGCGAUCGGCGUACGUGAACCACAGCCACGAGCAAGCGAGGCUUUUCGCCAAUUUGGAGAUCAGCACAGGCAAAUGGAGAAAUUUGGCGUGACCAUGUUAAAAACUUUGAAACCAAUUUUAAGCGAUUUGGGAACAUAUCUUCACAAGGCAAUUCCCGACACUCGUUUAACAAUCAACAGGUACGCUGACACUAAAUUUGAAUAUCUCUCUUAUUGUUUGAAAGUUAAAGAACUCGACGAUGAGGAGCAAAGUUAUGCGGCCGUUCAAGAACCAUUUUAUCGUGUUGAAACUGGUAAUUAUGAAUAUCGUCUAAUACUUCGCUGUCGUCAGGAGGCGAGGACAAAAUUUGCCAAACUUCGUUCCGAUGUUCUUGUUAAAUUAGAACUUUUGGACAAUAAACAUGUGCAGGACGUUGUUUGGCAAUUGCAAAGAUUUGCCUCAGGCCUGGCGGAAUAUUACGCGAAUACGAAAAAUUUACUUUCAUCCGCCUCACUAUUUCCUGUUGAAGUUGAUUUGUCAAAUUCUGCAUUUCAAUAUAAAUCGUUCAGCUCACAAAUUUCCAUCGAAGACGACGGUGAUUAUGAGACAGAAUUGAAAAGUACUGAUAACGAACAGAUUCUAAUGCUAGAUACACACGAUACAUAAUUUAGAUAUUUCGAAUUUUUAAUUUUUGAUAAAUUUAUUUGUUUGCAUUUAUUGAUAUAUAAAUUUAUAAAAUUAUAUAUUCGUGACACGCUCUCAAAAAAUCAAAGAAGCAAAUCUUGAUUAAAAGUUCCCUUUUAAUUAUUUAAAUUUAAAACUAGUGCUUGUAUUUUUCUUGAAAGCUCGUCACACAUAAACAAAAGAUUUGAAAAAGAAAAUGUUUUGACAUCAUUUCGAUUUAUCGAUAAAUAACGAAUAUUAAAUUUUGUAAAAAGAAAGAAAAGAAAAGUCAGUCAGCUAGAUUCAAUACCAAAAGCAUUUAAUUAUUUUUAAGAUAUAUUUAUAGAGUUUAUUUAAAUCAAGAAUUGUAAUAAAAGUAUUUAAAAAAUAUAUGAUAGAAUAAGAUUUUCAUAAAAUGUGUUUGAAAAAGAAAUACGAAUUCCUGAUUUUUGUUUAAAUAUAUGUUACUUAACUAUUGAUGUUAUUUAAUUAAGUCUCCAUACAUGUUUUUUGUA